CAACUAGCAAGCAGUGCACAUCAACGUGUCAAAAAGUAAAAUUUACUCUAAUUUCAUCUCCGUUGUUCUGUUUUUUUAGGAAACCAUAAACAUAUAAAAACGAUUGUGAAAAUAUAAUAGAAUAAAAAUUGCAAGGGCGCACGUGCUAGAACGGCAAAAAUAUGGUUUUGGCAGAUUUAGGACGGAAGAUUACCUCGGCGAUCCAAUCGCUGAGUAAGGCGACAGUUAUCAAUGAAGAGGCUCUCAAUUCAAUGUUGAAAGAAAUUUGUGCAGCCUUGCUUGAGGCUGACGUGAAUAUUCGAUUAGUGAAACAAUUGCGAGAGAAUGUACGGGCUGUGAUUGAUUUUGAUGAGAUGGCAGGUGGAUUGAAUAAGCGACGCAUGAUACAAUCUGCUGUCUUUAAGGAAUUGAUCAAAUUGGUCGAUCCAGGUGUGAAGCCGUAUCAGCCUGUGAAGGGUCGACCCAAUAUUAUAAUGUUCGUCGGCCUGCAAGGUUCAGGCAAGACUACAACAUGUACCAAGCUAGCCUAUCACUACCAAAAACGCAACUGGAAAUCUUGUCUUGUGUGCGCUGAUACUUUCCGUGCUGGUGCUUAUGAUCAAAUCAAGCAGAAUGCGACAAAAGCGCGUAUACCAUUUUACGGCAGUUAUACAGAAAUCGAUCCAGUCGUCAUAGCACAAGAAGGUGUAGAAAUGUUUAAGCGUGAAGGUUUUGAAAUUAUCAUCGUUGAUACUUCCGGUCGUCACAAACAAGAGGAGUCUCUGUUCGAAGAAAUGUUGGCUGUGUCUCGAGCUGUUUCUCCAGACAAUAUAAUUUUCGUGAUGGAUGCCACUAUUGGGCAAGCUUGUGAGGUUCAAGCGAAAGCUUUCAAAGAGAAAGUAGAUAUCGGUUCGGUUAUCAUUACCAAGCUGGACGGUCACGCGAAGGGUGGUGGUGCACUUUCAGCUGUUGCAUCAACUAACUCUCCAAUUAUUUUCAUCGGUACAGGAGAACAUAUCGACGACCUGGAACCAUUUAAGACGAAACCAUUCAUAAGCAAACUUCUUGGUAUGGGUGAUAUCGAAGGACUUAUUGACAAGGUGAACGAACUUAAAUUGGACGGCAACGAAGAGCUACUUGAGAAGAUCAAACAUGGUCAAUUUACUAUACGUGAUAUGUACGAACAAUUUCAAAAUAUCAUGAAAAUGGGCCCUUUCUCCCAAAUAAUGGGCAUGAUUCCUGGUUUCUCACAAGACUUUAUGACCAAAGGCGGUGAACAAGAAUCUAUGGCACGAAUAAAACGUAUGAUGACCAUGAUGGAUAGUAUGUCUGAUGGAGAGCUAGAUAAUCGUGACGGUGUUAAAUUAUUCACCAAGCAGCCAACACGUUAUGUACGUGUAGCUCAGGGUGCUGGUGUGCUCGAAAAAGAAGUGCGCGAUUUAAUUUCUCAUUACACAAAAUUCGCAGCUGUGGUGAAAAAAAUGGGCGGCGUUAAGGGUCUCUUCAAGCAAGGCGACAUGGCAAAAAAUGUGAAUCCAACUCAAAUGGCGAAGUUAAAUCAGCAAAUGGCGAAAAUGAUCGAUCCGCGCAUGCUGCAGCAAAUGGGAGGAGUUGGUGGACUGCAGAAUAUGAUGAGACAACUACAACAGGGUGCAGCUGGUGGUCUCGGUGGUUUAGGAAAUUUAAUGGGUGGCUUUGGUGGGAAAUGAGAGCUGCAAGUGGUAGACGAAAGUUUAGAUUGUAGGGUAACUAUUUGUUAAGAAAGAGGGUAAGCAAAAAGGCAAAAGCCGAUGAUGAGGUCAAAAACACAUCUGCUUUACUUGUUGCUCCAAUAAAAAGUUUUUCUUUUGUUUUCCUAACGAAAAGAUUUUUGAUUGUACCAUAUAUUGUAUAAAUUUCAUGUUAUAUAAAUCGGAACAAAUUAAAAAAGAAACUUAGUUACAUAUACACAAAGCGGCGUAAAAAUCGUCCAAGUUUAAGAUAUGUUCUUUUUGUAUUGAUGCCAAUAAAUCACUAAAAACCACAUAAACGAAUUCUUUGAAAAACCGGGGAGAACUCCAAACAAAUGUAAUAGCGGCCUGUUGUAUAUUUAGUCCUUAUCGACAAAGAAAUGAUUAUUUACCAUAUACCCCUAGAUUAAGUUGUAUUGGAGAGUCGUUGAUGGAAUCUAAAAGGUUGCAUGAUUAAUAAAAAAAUCCAAAUAAAUCUUUCGUUUCAUGUA